ACAGCCCUAGUCGAGAGUAAUGACUAUUGUUGAUGAGACAGUGUUGUUGUAAUGCGCCUAUAGAAUUUCCGGAGAAGACUCCUCUGUGAUCAUAUUUUGAUACUUGAACUAACAAGGUGCAAUCCAUCUCAGCUCGAGAGCCCAUGAGUUCUCGAAUGAAUCAAACAGGAAAACCAAGAUUUCGUCACAUGAUGAUGCUACAGCCAGAAUCAGGAUCAUCAAAUGAUGAGAAGCAGAAUCAGAUGACACUUCGUACCGGGGACAGAGGCCGCGAAGCAAAAGGCCUCUUCGCUGACGCCGAGCAGGUGUCCACUCCCACCCUCCCCUUCUCCUUUCGGCUCCCCUGCGCGAUCAAAUCCGAUUCAACGGCCGAAAAAAACCCUCCAAGUAGAAACCAAAAAAGGAAAAGGAAAAAAAACUGAGAGAGCCCAAGCCGAGAGGAACACGAAGAAGCAAGGAGCGAAGCAGCCACGAGCGAGCCCAUCCCACCCACGAAGCAGCAGCAGCAGCAGCAGCAGCCUCGCCGCGCGCCCGAGCAACGCCGCGGAACCGCCCGCCCUCCCGCCGAGAGACCCCGGCGGCCUCUGAGCAGCGGGUGCGUUGUCAUCCUCGCCGGAGAUCCAGGCGGUAGGAGCUCGGCGGGGUCGGGAUCAUGCUUCCAUUGCUCUAGGGUUUGGGCCGGUAAUCCAACUGGCUCGCCCAGCCCCAGCCACUAUGCUUGAUUUAGGCCUGCUGCACCUCUCCCGGGGCGGCUCCUUGAUUUCGCGGAAAUUGGUGUGGCGCCAGUGGAGAUGAGAUCCCCUCCAUGGCCGGCGAGCUGGGGAUUGGGGUACGGGCUCACGCUCUGCAGGAAGCGGCGCAAGCCCUAAUGGUUUGAUCCGAGCUGGGUACGGUGUGCUAUCCACAAUUGGUGGUUUCUCCAGUCUGAAUAAGACAUUGGGUUCGCUGUGGUGGUAAUUGAAUGGAAACUAUAAGGGAGGAGGCCUGGCCAGUGGCCGCACAGCAGCGGCAGCAGCCACCACUGCCCCAGCAGCAGCAGCAGCAGCAGAAUGGCCGUAUUGAUCUCCGGGUGUUGAAGGCUCAGAUAGAGAAGCGGCUUGGUCCAGACCGUUCGCGACUGUACUUUGGCUACUUGAAUGGCUACUUGUCGCAGAGGCUCAGCAAGCCAGACUUUGACAAGCUGUGCCUGCAGACACUGGGGCGGGAGAACCUCCAGCUGCACAACCGGCUAACCCGCUCAAUUCUCUACAAUGUCUACCAGGCAAAGUGCCCGCCUCCAUCAGCAGAUGUGGGGAGGCCUGUGGUAGCAUCGGCAAAGAAGGUUUCUCAGGCUGCUGAAGUGUUCAAUACUUGCAAUGGGGAUGCCAGGUUGUUAUAUAACAUGGGUUCAAAUGGUAGGGUGGAGGCUGCUGUCAAUCACAUCAAGGUUACUCAUGGUGUUUCUGCAGCUGCUGAGAAUGGUUCUCUAAGUUCACUUGAGUUGAAGAGAUCGGUGCAUUUUGAACAAUGUGAACCUGCAGAGCCGUUGGCAAAGCGCCCCCGUGUGGAGAAGUUGCCACCUGAUAAUAUGCUCUUGCGGCGAAGAAGUAUGAGCAGCGGUGCAGAUCGUUCUGCGGAAAUGCUGAAAAGUCCUGUACGGGCUCCUCUCGGAAUUCCUUACUGUUCAGCAAGUGUGGGUGGGGCAAGGAAAUUGCCACCACCAACAAUAAGCGCAGGUGAGGAUCACUUUAACAGCUGUCUUGAGCAUGGUGGGCUGUUCAGCAGUGAGCUGCUGCAUAGGCGGAUGGAGAAAACAGCAGAAACACUGGGCUUAGCGGGCCUCACAAUGGAUUGUGCUGAGCUUCUGAAUAGUGGUCUGGACAAGUACUUGAAGAACCUGAUUAGGUCGUCUGUUGAGUUAAUAGGAGCUAGUGUUCAGAGGGAUGCAAGGAAAGGGACACCAUACAAGCAGCAAGCUUAUGGAAAGCAGAUUAAUGGUGUCUGGUUGGCAAAUCAUGUUAACAUGCAAUCAGGCAGCGGACCAUCAGGAGCCACAAAUGAGAUCAGAAGUAACCACUUGGUCUCCAUCAAUGAUUUCAAGGUAGCUAUGCAGCUAAACCCUCAACAGCUUGGGGAGGACUGGCCAGUCCUUCUCGAGAAGAUAUGUCUAUGUUCUUCAGAGGAAAAUGACUGACAGAUGGUGCUUUCUACUUCACAUGAAGUUUUGUACCAAUGUGCUUCUUGGUGCCCAUCCGAUGUACAUUUGAGCUUGAAGUGGCAAUAAUGCAGGCACAUCACAGGAGAUGCACAUUUGGGAUCAAGGCAGAAUUCUGCUUUCAGGUUCAACAGUCAGAUUUGUAGUGAAAGAAAGCCAUUUUUUUUGUCCUGAUAAAUGAUGCCCCAAUAAAGGAAAACAUCGUCUGUCCGUUAGCUUAGGCCUCAUUAGCACUUACGAGGUGGAUAGUGUUACAUCCAAAAAGUCCCAAAUUCUAUGUAACAUCUGGCAUAAAGGGGACUGUAGACAGCAAAAUGCAAGUGCUGUCUUGUAACUUAUAGGAAAAUGUUCUGUAAGUUUCUAGGUCAGGAUGUACAUUAUUGAUUGCAAUUUUUUCUAGGUAUCUUCAGUACUAAUUUCAGGAAUCUUGAAUGUUUAUUCAAUUCUUUUUGUAA